AACCUCAUUUCCGUCUCUGCAAACAGACUUCUGACUGCCGGCAUUUUCUUUUUGUUUUCACUGUGCUGACUUGGAUUGAUCUUCAGUUUUGUUGACCGACACACCGGAUUUACACGAAGUCCACUUUCACCGCAGUAGUCUGCUACACAAUGCCUGGAUUUUCAGACAGAGAUCGUGGCAGAGAUAGAGGGUAUGGUGGAGGACCCCCUCGUUUUGGUGGUGGCGGAGGCGGCAAUAGGGGCGGACCUCCUCCAGGAAAGUUUGGCAACCCCGGAGAGAGGCUGCGAAAGAAGCACUGGAACCUCGACGAGCUUCCAAAGUUUCAAAAGAACUUCUACCAGGAACAUCCAGAUGCCACUCGCAGACCACUUCAAGAGGUUGAACAGUACCGAAGAAGCAAAGAAGUUACGGUCAAAGGCAGAGAUUGCCCCAAACCUAUUGCAAAAUUCCAUGAAGCUGCAUUUCCAAGCUAUGUCAUGGAUGUUAUUGGCAAACUGAACUGGACUGAACCAACUCCAAUUCAGGCUCAGGGGUGGCCCGUUGCCCUUAGUGGCAAAGACAUGGUUGGCAUCGCUCAAACUGGGUCUGGGAAAACCCUUGCAUACCUUCUGCCUGCAAUUGUGCACAUCCAACAUCAGCCAUUCUUGGAGCAUGGAGAUGGACCUAUAUGCUUAGUGCUGGCACCAACCCGUGAGCUGGCUCAGCAGGUGCAACAAGUGGCUGCUGAAUAUGGCAGGGCCUCCCGUCUCAAGAGCACCUGCAUCUACGGUGGGGCGCCCAAAGGACCUCAAAUCAGGGACCUUGAGAGGGGUGUUGAGAUUUGCAUUGCUACCCCAGGUCGUCUCAUUGACUUCCUGGAGUGUGGUAAGACUAAUUUGCGUCGUUGCACUUAUCUGGUGCUGGAUGAAGCUGACCGCAUGCUGGACAUGGGAUUUGAACCUCAGAUCCGCAAGAUAGUGGAACAAAUUCGGCCAGACCGUCAGACCCUGAUGUGGAGUGCGACCUGGCCUAAGGAAGUUCGCCAGCUGGCUGAGGACUUCCUGAAGGACUACGUCCAGAUCAAUAUCGGUGCGCUACAGCUCAGUGCCAACCACAACAUCCUGCAGAUAGUUGAUGUUUGCAAUGACAUGGAGAAGGAGGACAAACUGAUCCGCUUGCUGGAGGAGAUAAUGAGCGAAAAGGAGAACAAGACCAUUAUUUUUGUGGAGACCAAAAGGCGUUGUGACGAGCUCACCAGGAGGAUGAGAAGAGAUGGGUGGCCAGCAAUGGGAAUUCAUGGAGACAAGAGCCAGCAGGAGAGGGACUGGGUCCUUAAUGAGUUCAGAUAUGGCAAAGCUCCAAUCCUCAUCGCUACAGAUGUGGCCUCCCGUGGCUUAGAUGUGGAGGAUGUGAAAUUUGUCAUCAAUUAUGACUACCCUAACUCCUCCGAGGAUUAUAUCCACCGCAUUGGACGCACAGCCCGAAGUCAAAAAACGGGCACGGCCUACACCUUCUUCACCCCCAACAACAUGAAACAAGCCAGUGACCUGAUCUCUGUGCUCCGCGAGGCCAACCAGGCCAUUAACCCCAAGCUGAUCCAGAUGGCAGAGGACAGAGGAGGUCGUGGAAGAGGUGGAAGAGGCGGCUACAAGGAUGACCGUCGGGAUAGGUAUUCUGGGGGUGGGAGGAGCAGCUUUGGUGGGAGUAGUUACAGGGACAGGGACAGUGACAGGGGGUUUGGAAAUGGGCCGAAGAGUGCCUUUGGUGGCAAUAAGGCCCAAAAUGGUGGCAGCUAUGGAGGCAACAGUGGCAACUCUAGGUAGCUAUGGCAGCAACAAUUACAACAACAGCAAUGGACAGGGUAAUUUUGGUGCUCCGGCAAACCAGGUGGGUGCCUUUGGUAACCAAAGCUUUCAGGGCCCCCCUCAGUUUGGGGCCAUG